GGCUCCGGCAGCCGGAAGUCCCGCCUGCCGAGUAGUCGUCGCUGCCACCGCCGCCGCCUCCGUUGUUGUUGUGGUCGCUACUCCGAAGUCCGCGGCUCAGCGAGCCGGCUCCGUCGCCUCCCGCCGCCAUGAAGUGGAUGUUUAAGGAGGACCACUCGCUGGAGCACAGAUGCGUGGAAUCCGCGAAGAUCAGAGCGAAGUACCCCGACCGAGUUCCGGUGAUCGUGGAAAAAGUCUCCGGCUCUCAGAUUGUUGACAUUGACAAAAGGAAGUACCUGGUUCCUUCUGACAUCACUGUGGCUCAGUUCAUGUGGAUCAUCAGGAAAAGGAUCCAGCUUCCUUCUGAGAAGGCAAUCUUCCUGUUUGUGGAUAAGACAGUCCCACAGUCCAGCCUAACUAUGGGACAGCUUUACGAGAAAGAAAAAGAUGAAGAUGGAUUCUUGUAUGUGGCUUACAGUGGAGAGAACACUUUUGGCUUCUGAGGACCAGUGCUGGGCUAGGUGCACCGUUCCUGCUUGUGUAUCUUGUAAAUAACUGGCUGUUUUCAGUUAUUCUACCAGAGCCUCCUCACAUAGACCUACUAGUGCAUUUGUAACUGGAUUUAUUUCUUAAUAUAUUGGAAGGGUUUAUUUCCUUAGAUUAGUAAAUUAUCAUACAGAGUUUUAUUUUCAGUUUUCUUUUUGUGCACUGUUUUCAUGGCUAUAUAUAUGCUCCGGGGAACCUGUCCUCUGGGAAUCAUAUUUAAUGAAGAUAUUUCCAUAAUGAAGGGAGGUAGGCGUGGCUUUGAAGUUAAAAGGAGGGGUAAUUCGUUAUUCUGGAUUAUGUUCCAAGUGAUAGAUGGCUGAGUAUUAAAAGCACCCAAAUUAAAUCCUUAGCAGUCAGAACACACUUGCUUCACUAGAUUUUGCCAACUGCAAAUCAUGUCAGACUGAGCUAAUCUGUUCUUUCUGAGACUAUUAAGGUAAAUAAUUAACAAUAAAAUUUUCUCUUCUAAAGGCA